AUGCACUCAUCGAAGGCGUCCGGAAUAUUUUAUUAAUACAUUUUGACGGAUCUAUUUAUAUUGGAGUGUCUAUUCUGAUGAUGGUUUUGAAAGCUGGAUUGUGCUGAUGAAUACCUUGAUGGAAAAUAACGAAUUGUGACGGACCCAGGAUGACAAAGACAAUAGGAUACCGAGACUGGAGAUGGCAGGCUCUUUGGUGGCAUCAUUUCUUUCUCUUGUGGAGUACAAUAAAUGGACAGACUCGUUAUAGCAUCCCGGAGGAACUAAAACAGGGCUCUGUGGUAGGAAAUCUAGCCAAAGAUCUGAGCUUGGGUCUAGCAGACAUGUUUUACCGUAAACUUCGUCUCUCCUCUGAGGCUGGUGAGCAGUAUUUCAGUGUGGAUGCGGGGAAAGGCGAGCUGGUGGUGAAUGACAGAAUAGACAGAGAGGCUUUAUGUGGACAAAGCGCGAGCUGUGUUUUGCCUUUAAAGGUUGUAACAGAGAAUCCACUACAGUUACACCGCAUCGAAGUAGAGAUAAGGGAUAUAAACGACAAUUCUCCCAUUUUUUCAAUUGAGGAGCGAUCUUUAAAGAUAGCAGAAUCUACUGCCACGGGCAUACGCUUUCCUUUAGAAACCGCACAGGAUCAGGACGUUGGUAGUAAUUCGGUAAAAUCUUAUACCUUAAGUAAAGAUGAGUGUUUCAGUUUAAGGAUAAAAGAGUUGUCUGGUAAUCGAAAGGUUCCAGAGCUAGUACUAGAAAAAGUGCUUGAUAGAGAGAAACAAAGUGUCCAUCAGUUAUUACUGACAGCUUUAGACGGAGGCAAUCCUGUCAAAACUGGAACCACAAAAAUCGUUGUUACUGUACUCGACAACAACGACAAUGUCCCCGUUUUCAAAAAGCCCUUGUAUAAUGUAACUAUACAUGAAAAUAAUGUAGCUGGUUCUGUAAUUGUAAAAGUUGAAGCAACAGAUGCAGAUGAGGGUGUUAAUGGAGAGAUUGCGUACGCCUUUGCUGAGCAUACACCCCAGGCAUUAUUGUCAAUUUUUCAUUUACACUCGGGCACAGGUGACAUUUCCUUAGUAGGGCCAUUAGAUUAUGAAAGCAAUCAAAUGCAUGAAAUAGAUAUUACGGCAAGAGAUAAAGGCAUUCCUGAGAUGGAAGGCCACUGCCGUGUGCAAUUUACACUAAUAGAUAUUAAUGAUAAUGCCCCAGAAAUAGUUCUCACUUCAAACCCAAACCCAGUACGUGAAGAUGCAGGGAGAGGCACGGUUGUUGCCUUAAUCAGUGCACGAGACCAUGACUCCGGAAAUAACGGUAAAGUGACGUUACAAAUCACCAAAGGUUUUCCCUUUAGUCUUAAACCAUCUUUUUCUAAUAAUUACGCACUGAUAACAAGUGGUUUGUUAGACCGAGAGCGUUUCUCGGAGUACAAUAUUGAGAUAACAGCCACUGAUUCAGGUUCUCCUCCUCUGUCCAGUAAGAAAAUGAUACCUGUCAGCAUCACUGAUGUGAAUGAUAACCCGCCUUUAUUCACUCAGCCAUCCUAUAAUGUGUAUUUAAAAGAGAAUGGGGUUCCAGGCUCUAUACUGUACUCAGUAUCAGCAUCUGAUCAUGAUUUUGGUGAAAACGCCAAAAUCUCCUACUCCAUACUGGACUCUAAAGUGCAGGACGUUUCUGUGUCGUCUUAUGUUUACAUUAACUCAGAUAACGGCAGCAUCUACUGCAUGCACUCUUUUGACUAUGAAAAACUGAAGGUGUUUCGGAUACAGGUUCAGGCAAAGGAUCAGGGCUCUCCGUCUCUCAGCAGCAACACCACUGUCCAUGUUUUUAUCCUGGACCAAAACGACAAUGCCCCCGCUGUUAUUUACCCCUCCUCCGCUGCCCUGGGCUCCCUCUCUCACCAGAGGAUGCCACGCUCCGCUAAAGUGGGUCACCUGGUUACAAAGGUGACGGCUGUGGACGCUGACUCGGGCCAUAACGCCUGGAUCUCUUACAAGCUGGCGGAGGCCACUGACGCCUCUCUGUUCACUGUCAAUCUGUACACAGGGGAGGUAAGAGCUAAACGCGCUGCGUCCGAGCAGGACGACUCCUCUCAGAGGCUGCUUAUAGAGAUCAAGGACGACGGGGAACCGGUUCAGUCCGCCACCGUCACGGUGUCCAUCCUGUUGGAGGACGGCAAUGAGCCCAUCGUAGACCUCCGACAGAAAGCGGCCGAGCCCAGCAGGAAAACUGGGAGAAUCACCCUGUAUUUGAUUCUCUCUCUGGCCUCGGUGUCCGUGCUGUCUCUGGUGACUUUUCUCAUUUUAGCGGUUAAAUGCAUGAGGAACAGCAGAAGCAGCGGUAGUUGCUGCAUGAGACGCAGCGACUGUGAUAAUUACAAGAACCCCAACAGAAACCUGCAGAUUCAGCUCAACACCGAUGGACCUAUAAAGUACGUGGAGGUCCUGGGAGGAGACAUGAUGUCCCAGAGUCAGUCCUUCAGGUCCUGCAUGUCUCCAAUAUCAGAGUACAGUGAUUUCACUUUGAUUAAACCCAGCAGCACCACUGACUUUAAGGAGGUGAUCAGUGUUCUGGAUGCGUCUUUACCCGACAGCACCUGGACCUUUGAGAGCCAGCAGGUGAGCCGAAAAAAAGGACACCUACAGUGUAAUUUAAUAUUGUUGUUCACAUUUUUCAACAUCUUCAUCUUUAGCCUAAUGAAGUGUGUGUUUUGGUGA